UGCAGAUUUAUAUUCCCAAAGCAACAAGAGGAACAGUCAUAUCUGGUUCUGCUGCUGACUCUGCCAAAUUCUGCCCUAACUCUAAUCACAUGUUUGUAGAUGAUGCCACCAUAGAGGGCUGGAUCUCAGCAACAACAAGAUGCGAAUCACCGAGUCAGCACGUAGAGUUUGAAUGCCGUCCAGCCAUGUGUAAAGGUUGGGGGAACCAUGCCUCGGCUGGGUUCAGCUGAGCGCCAGCGUGGUGGAAGGAGUACCCGUGGGUCUGCAGGCUGACAACACGCAGGGAGAUUUAAUGGCAUGUUAGCUAGCUGCUGGUGUAAGAAGCAGCAGAUUCCCCCUGGCAUGGAACAGUCAGCCAGCGAGGAUAAUAAGUUGCCCAUUGUGAUGAGAGAAGAAAACAGGGGCAGGAGACGUAAGCUGCGAGCCAACACUGCCAGGAACAUGCAGUUCUAUUCACUGGAGCAGCUGCCUCUCGAUUUUGUUCUUCCCACACGGAACAAAUUCAACAACACCCACGAGAGGAUCUCCAUGGAGGUGCUGGGGAACUACACAGUCGAACAACUGAAAGCAAGGAUUUGGGUGAAGGCUGGUGGGGUCAGCACCAACCCAGAAUUCUACCAGAAGUUUAGCCCUGACCACUUCAGGCUGCUGUACCAAAAGGAAGGACAGUGGUAUGAGAUAUACGACAAGCACCAGGUGAUCCAGACACUGGAUUGCAUCAACUACUGGAAGACACUACAGAGAAACAAUGGCAAGAUCCACCUGGUGGAGAAGACAAAGGCUUCUGAGGAAUCCUUGCAGUUGCAGAGUGACUUGAACUAUCUGAUCGGCUAUGACGUUACAGAUGUGAGCAACGUCCACGAUGAUGAGCUGGAAUUUACCCGCCGGAAGCUGAUCACACCUCAGCUGAGUGAGGUGUCCAGCAGGGAUGCAAUGCUGUACUCAAUGGACCCUUGUAUCACCUCAAAACCUUUGCCUGAACAUCUGCUGAGUAAGAUUUGCAACAAUCACAUCUUCAUAAUCAUCCACAGAGGAACGAUGAGCUUAACUAUCAAAGUGUCCAUUGACGAGACCCCACAGACCAUCCUGAAGAACUUCUUCAAGAAGAUGGCUAACAAGAUGGGGCUGCUGGGGAUCUCAGAAUUCCAAACCGAGGAUGAUUUUGUCCUCCGGGUUUGUGGCAGGGAGGAUUACAUUGUCGGUGACAAUCCAAUCAAGGACUUCUGCUGGAUCAGAAACUGUCUGAAGAAUGGUGAAGAAAUCCACUUUGUGCUGGUUCAGCCCCCUGACCCAAAGUUGGAUGUGGUUCAGAAGGAAGAGUGGCCACUGGUGGAUGAUUGCACAGGGGUGACUGGAUCACAUGAACAGCUGACCCUGGAAGGAAAAGAUCAUGACAAAGUCUUCACCAUAUCCCUCUGGGACUGUGCCAGAAAGUUCAGGGUCAAGAUCGUUGGAAUUGACAUCCCUGUUCUCCCAAGGAACACAGAACUGACGGUUUUUGUUGAGGCCAGCAUACUGCAUGGGCAGCAGGUUCUUUCGCAGCAGAAGACGUCCACCAAAGCCUUCACAGAAGAGGUGCUGUGGAAUACCUGGCUGGAGUUCGACAUUAAGGUCAGAGACCUGCCCAAGGGAGCACGGCUGAACCUCCAGGUUUACUGUGGCAAGGCGCCAGUGCAGAGUGCCAAGAGUGCCUUCCAGAUGCAGGAUGAUAACAUGGUGGAGAGCAAGACCAAGAAUCACGUGCUAUAUUAUGUCAACCUCUUGGUGAUCGACCAUCGGUCUCUCCUCAGGCAAGGGGAGUACAUGCUUCACAUGUGGAAGAUCCCCGAGAAAGGUGAAGAGCAAGGAACCAUCGAAGCUGACAAACUCACAUCAGCAACCAAUCCUGACAAGCAGACAUCCAUGGCCAUCUGCAUCCUGUUUGACAGGUACAAUUACCCCAUUGCACUGCCCCGAGGCCGUCACACCCCUGCGUGUAAGCUGGAGAGGCCAGGCCAGGAAAUGCACAGCCAGCUGCGUAAACAGUUUGAAGAGAUCAUCAGCACAGACCCCUUGAACCCACUGAGCACUGAAGACAAAGAGUUACUUUGGCACUUCAGGAACGAGUGUAUGAGGCAGCCCAAAGCCUACCCCAAGUUCCUCAGCUCGGUGAAGUGGGGACAGCAGGAGCUGGUGCUGAAGACACACCAGCUGCUGGAAGAUCAGGAUGUGUGGGACAGCAGUCCCCUGGACGUGGGACUCGCAAUGCAGCUCCUGGACUGCCGGUUUUCAGACGAGCAAGUUCGGGCGUUGGCUAUUCGAAAGCUGGAGACCCUUGACAAUAGCGGAGUGCUGUGUUACCUCCUACAGUUAGUCCAGGCAGUCAAGUUCGAGCCCUACCAUGACAGUGCCCUUGCACGAUUUCUCCUGAAAAGAGCAUUAAGAAGUAAAUGCAUCGGCCAUUUUCUUUUCUGGUUUUUGAGAAGUGAAGUGGCUGGAUCGUUGCACUAUUGCCAGCGGUACGCAGUCAUCCUGGAGGCCUACCUGCGAGGCUGUGGCGCUGCUAUGCUGAGAGACUUCAGGAAGCAGGUUCAGGUGAUGGAAACCCUGCACAAAGUGAUACUGGAGAUAAAGAAUGUCACUGCUGAGAAAUAUGACGUGUCAGCUCAAGCCAUCCUGCAGUUAAGGCAAAAGCUGGAGAAACUCCAAUCCACCGAUUUCCCAGAAGAUUUCCGGGUUCCAUAUGAUCCUGGUCUACGUGCUGGUGCACUUGUGGUGGACAGAUGCAAAGUAAUGCCGUCAAAGAAGAAGCCUUUAUGGCUGGAGUUCAAGUGUGCUGACCCUACCUCUGUAUCAAAGGACACCAUUAGCAUCCUCUUUAAACAUGGAGAUGACCUGCGUCAGGACAUGCUGAUCAUACAGAUCCUUCUAAUCAUGGACUCUAUCUGGGAAACCGAAUCCUUGGAUCUUUGUCUUUUGCCAUAUGGCUGUAUUGCAACUGGAAACAAGAUCGGAAUGAUUCAGGUUGUAAAAGACGCCACAACUAUUGCCAAGAUCCAGCAGAGUACAGUGGGUAACACAGGCGCGUUCAAGGAUGAAGUGCUGAACCAUUGGCUGAAAGAAAAAUGUCCGAUUGAGGACAAGUUCCAAUCAGCUGUGGAAAGGUUUGUUUAUUCAUGCGCUGGGUACUGUGUUGCCACCUAUAUCCUGGGUAUCGGAGACAGGCACAAUGACAACAUUAUGAUUACAGAGUUGGGAAAUCUUUUCCACAUUGAUUUUGGUCACAUUCUUGGAAACUACAAAAGCUUCCUGGGGAUCAAUAAGGAGAGGGUCCCUUUUGUACUGACCCCCGACUUUCUCUACGUGAUGGGCACAUCUGGCAAGAAGACAAGCGGACAUUUCCAGAAGUUUCAGGAUAUUUGUGUCAAGGCCUACCUUGCACUGCGCCACCACACCAAUCUUCUGAUUAUACUCUUCUCCAUGAUGAUGAUGACAGGGAUGCCGCAGCUGACCAGCAAAGAAGAUAUUGAGUAUAUCCAAGAGACGCUGACUGUGGGCAAGAAUGAGGAAGAGGCUAUGAAGCACUUCUUGGACCAGAUUGAGAUCUGUCGGGACAAAGGAUGGACAGUGCAGUUCAACUGGUUCCUGCACCUCGUGCUGGGGAUCAAACAGGGCGUUGAGAAACACUCUGCAUAAUUUCUUAAACUGGGAAAAUGGAGGAGGAGCAGAAUAUGCCCUCAGACUGAGAGGUGAGCAGCUGCCUCACUGGAGUCCCACCAGAUCCACUGCAGUCUAUAUGCUCAGCUCAGGUUUGACCAAAAUGUAACUUGUAUAAGCAUUAAUGAAAACAAACCCAUGGCAGGUACCAAUUCCACAGUGGCAAAGCUGCUGGAGAUACUGCCUCACAUCUCAAGUUUCCUGGCUUCAAUCCUGACCUCUGGUGCUUUCUGGAAUUUGCACUUGGUUGUUGUGCUUGUGAGGGUUUCCCCGGGUGCUCUGGUUUCUUCCCAUAGCACAAGGACACAUGGGUGAGUAGGUUAAUUGCCCCUUGUGCGUGGGUGCAUAGCAAAAUCUGAGGGGAGCUGAUAAAAUGUAGGACUAGUACAAAUGGGUGCUUGAUCAUCAGCAUAGAUUCAAUCAGCCAAAGAUCCCAUUUCCACGCUGUAUCUCUCAGUGACUAUAACUAAAAUGUACCUGGUGUUUCAACUUCAAUAGUUCAAUAGCUCACUUUAAUAUUUAAUGUAUGCAAUAUACAUCCUGCAAUUGUUACUCUUCACAAACAUCCACAAAAAUAGAAGAGUACCCCAAAGAAUGGGUGACAGUAAACAUGUUAGAACCCCAGCCCCCUCUCCCCCUCCCACAUGCAAGCAGCAACAAAGCAUCAUCACUCACUUUCCCUCU